AUGUCUGAUUCUGAAUUGAAGAGAAAGUUCGAUGAGCUUAAAGAGGAAAAUGAUACUUUAGCACUUGGUAUUCAAAGAACUAGGAUGUCAAUUAAAAGAUUGAAACUAGAAUAUAGUGUAUUAUUAGAGAGACUUGAAGCUAGAUUGGAAGUUGAUCCGGAAUUGAAUUAUGAAAACCCAUUACCUACAUUAGAAUCGUUCAAGAAAGAAUUAUUAGCUAAACCAAUUAAGAAAGGCAAGAGUAAAACUCAAAAGGCUAAAGAUAGAGAUCCGAAUUUACCUAAAAGACCUACCAAUGCAUAUUUAUUAUUUUGCGAAGUCACUAAAGAGAAAAUAAGAGAAGCAGGUACCCAAGAUGUAACUAAAGGAUUAGCAGAAGCAUGGAAGAAAUUGAAUGAGGAAGAUAGAAAACCAUUUUAUAAAAUGUAUAAUGAUGAUAGAGAAAGGUAUAAGAAGGAGAUGGAUGAAUAUAUGAAGAAACAUAGUAAUCAUACGGGAGAAGAAGCUACUUUAAUAAAAGAUGAACCAGAUACAGAUGGUGAAACAUCGAGUACUAAUGUGAAAAUAGCAAGUAAAGAGAACAUUGAACUUGAUUUAGAUGAUGACGAAGAUGAAGAAAUUGGUGAAGAGGAAGAAGAAGAGGAAGAAGAAGAGGAGGAGGAAGAGGAGGAGGAAGAUGACGACGGAGUCGACAUCGAGGAAGAUGACAAUAGCAAUGAUAACGAACUCGAAGAAGACAAAAAGAAAACAGACAAAUCCAGAUAG